AUGACGCCAGACCCACAUGGAAUGACUUAUUUGAUGAGCCUGGCAACACUGUACACAAUAGAAACUAUAAAUACUGUCGUACUCAGUGGAUUGGUCUCCAUCUUCGGCGUCAUUAGCAACCUUGUGAACCUGACCAUCUUCUGGAGACAUGGUUUUCGUGAGAGUAUCAACGUGGGACUCACCGCUCUGGCCGUCUCUGAUUUGGGAACGGUGAUCAGUGGCGCGAUUCUCUCGGUCUGUUUCAACCCUUUGAUCCCUUACUCAGAGAUGAGAGUGAACAAUAGAGACGUUCAAUACCUCGUCGCGGCGCAUCCACGCUUCUGCUUUGCUCGCAUCACGGGACUCAUCACCGUCUACAUCACACUAGAGAGGUGUCUUUGUGUGGCCUUGCCUCUACACGUCAAGAGAAUUCUCACACCUCGUCGGACAUUCGCCGUCGUCGUCCUCAUCUUCACCCUCAUCUUUCUCAUCGAGACCCCUAUCUACAUGGCUCACAAACUUGACUGGAAAUUCUCCUACGCUCUAAAUAGAUCAGUAAUAAGUUUGGUCUCGAGGUCGAACGCAGCUGAGCUGGAAAACUUGAGCUUUGGGCUCAGUGUCUGUGUCCAACUGAGCUCGUUUGGCCUUCUUCUCAUUCUGACAUCAACUCUCGUCCUUCUGCUCAAGAAACGCUCCGAGUGGCGUUUGCAGACGACCUCUACCGGAGCCUCGGACAAAAAUAACGUUUCCCGUCGAGAACGGGGGGCCAUCAGACUGACCUUAAUGGUCGACGUAGAUGGUUCCUUCAAACUGUUCCAAGAAUAUUGA